CAUACUUGAUACAAGCACUCGAAUAAGCUCGACGAAACGACUCAAAGACGAUGAGCCCGUUCGACUACCUGCAUUUUGCACUUCUACUCGUUGCUCCACUUGCUGUACUUAUUGGAUGUGGAGGAAAGAAAAAGCCACCACCGCCAAAAUCGGCUUCCAAAAUGGGUCCACCUCCACCAGCACCAGCACCACCCACUGCUCCGGAGGCUACUCCAGCGGCGCCAGCCCCAGAUGCAGCUGCCGCGGCUCCUGCUGAAGGAGAGAAGAAGGAUGGUGAUAAGAAGAGCGAGAAAAAGGACGGAGAUAAAAAGGAAGAGGAGAAAAAGGAUGAAGAGAAGAAGGAUGGAGACAAAAAAGAGGAUGAUAAGAAGGAUGAAAAGAAGGACGAGGACAAGAAGGACGAGAAAAAGGAUGCGGAUGAGAAGAAGGAUGAAGAGAAAAAGGAUGACAAGAAGGAUGAAAAGAAAGACGAGAAAAAAGAUGAAAAGAAAGAAAAGUCCAAGAAAUCCAAGAAGUCAAGCAAAUCCAAAAAGUCCAAAAAGUCCAAGCGAGAGAAGAAGGACGAGGAUAAGAAAGAGGACGACAAAAAAGAGGACGAUAAAAAGGAUGAUAAGAAGGAAGAUGAUAAAAAGGACGAUGAAAAGAAAGACGACGAUAAGAAGGACGACGAAAAGAAGGAGUAACUUCUGGAUCUCAGCCAUUUCUACUCAUCUUCGCCAUCUCUUGACCUCUCUCGUGAUAACUUCGUGAAAAUGAAACUUGUUUAAAAUUG